GCCUAUCAAGCAUGUCUUUUGUAAGCUUUCUUUCAUCGGAUGUGCGGGGACGAGCGGGCUCGGGGUACGCACGUUGCUCAGACCCGCGGUCGUGGAGUUAAGCACUGAGAUGUGGUGAUGAUGGUGGUACAUAAGACAGUGCGAGCGCUGGUAGGAGGAUACAUCAAUCCAUUCAACUCAUUCAAGUCUAAGUUCAAUCGCAAUCAGCUCUUCAAUAUCAAAUACACUCACACAUCUUUUAAUUCCAACACCCUAACAAUGGCCCACCCCAACCGCCUCCAAAAUGCCCGCGUCCUCGUCUUCGGUGGAACCUCAGGUAUCGGCUAUGGCGUCGCCUCCAUGGCCCUCUCCAACGGUGCUAUCGUCACCAUAUCCGGCUCUGCGCAGCCCAAAGCCGACGCCAAAGCGGCAGAGCUACAGUCACUGUACCCGUCGGCCAGCGUGCGCGGCGUCGCUCUCGACCUCUCCGACACCGCGAACCUCGAGGCCAAUUUGAAAGCCCUGUUCGAAAAGGUUACCAACGGCGGUGAGCAGAAGCUUGACCAUAUUGUUCAUUGCGCAGGCGACGCGCUGUUCCUCCCCAAGAUCCACGAAGUCAGCGCCGACAAUGCACUUCAGGGGUUCAACGUGCGAUGGUUGACUUCGGUGCUGAUCGGAAAGUUACUCGCUACGGGAACGUAUAUGAACGCGGCUACCAGUUCGUCCUUCACGCUCACUGGUGGAACCAACACCACGAAGCCGAUGGAGGGGUGGUCUAUUGGGGCCUCGUGGGGCGGCGCGUCGGAGGGCCUCAUGCGCGGCCUUGCCGUGGAUCUGAAGCCCAUCCGCGUGAAUCUGAUGGCGCCAGGUGCGAUUGACACGCCGCUGUUCCAGAAGUUUGUAGACAACGUGGGGAGGGAGAAGGAAGCGGAGAUCAAGAAGGCGUACACGCUAUUGCAGACAUGGGGGGAUGUGAGGGAUAUAGCGGAGGGGUAUGGGUGGUUCAUGCGGGACCACUAUGUCACAGGGACGAUUGCGAGUUCGGAUGGUGGAAGGCUGUUGAAGUAAAUG